GGAUGGUAGUGAUCUUCGGCAUGGUAUCAUGCGCUCACAUGUAGUUUUUGACCAAGAGCAUCUCACCGCUGGCACCUGUGGUAACACGGAUGUGUUUUAUCCAGGUGGCAAACGGAAAGUUGUAUCCGUAGCGUACGGUAGCUUUGCAUAUGGGGAAAACUGUGGAACGUGUAUAGACGUGCGAAGCGCCCAGGGUGUGAGGAGGACGCUUACUGUUUUCGAGUCUUUCAACGCCGUUAACGGCAAUGAAUUGGAAGUCUCGGAGUCGCUCAUGGAAGAGUUCAGCAAGAGCCCAUCGGGUGUGUCAGAUGUGCUGGACCUGCUCUUAUAG